AUACUACAUCACCAUUCACCAAAAUCGACUGUUUUUUUGCUCUGCUUUCUUUGUGCUCUGCUUCUCUUCUCUGCAUCAUAAACAGAGCAUGGAGAAGCUCACAGUUCCUCAUUUUUUCUUCUUUCUCCUUUCAAUGUUAACUGUCGCUGGUUUCAAUCAUGUUUUCGCUGAUCGGGGUGUGAUCGGGAUUAACUAUGGACGGAUCGCUGAUAACCUGCCUUUGCCGAAUAACGUCGUGCAGCUUCUCAAAACUCAGGGCCUGACCCGCGUGAAGCUCUACGACACCGAUGCCACCGUACUCCGCGCCCUCGCCGGAUCUGACAUCUCUGUCACGGUCGCUCUGCCCAAUGAGCAACUCGCUGCCGCUGCCGCCAGCCAGUCUUUCACCGACGCCUGGGUGCAGAGCAACAUCUCCGCCUACCUCCCGGCGACCCAAAUUAAAUCCAUUGCCGUCGGAAAUGAAGUGUUUGCAGACCCAAACAACACGACCCAGUACCUGAUUCAAGCUAUGAACAACUUAUACGCCUCCCUUGUCAAGUACAACCUCAGUUCUUCCUCGAAUUCCAAUUCUUCAAUCAAAAUUUCUUCCCCAAUUGCUCUUAGUUCGCUCCAGACGUCGUACCCGUCCUCCGCCGGUUCGUUCAAAACCGAAUUAAUUGAACCAGUCAUCAAGCCCAUGCUCAAUUUUCUCCGAAAAACCGGUUCAAAGCUCAUGGUGAACGCCUAUCCCUUUUUUGCCUACACUGCAAAUUCCAACGACAUCUCGUUGGACUACGCUCUGUUUAAACAGAACGCCGGCGUCGUAGACUCCAAAAGCGGGCUUACCUACUACAGCCUCUUCGAGGCCCAACUCGACGCCGUUCACGCGGCCAUGUCCGCCCUCCAAUACAACGACGUCGCGAUAGCUGUGACGGAGACCGGGUGGCCUUCCAAGGGCGACGAAAACGAGAUCGGCGCCGGAGCCGCCAAUGCCGCUGCUUACAACGGCAACCUGGUGCGCAGAGUGCUCAACGGGAAAGGCACCCCCUUGAGGACGGAGACGCCACUCGACGUCUACCUCUUCGCUCUUUUCAAUGAAAAUCAGAAGCCGGGACCAACGUCGGAGAGGAACUACGGAUUGUUCUACCCGAACGAGGAGAAGGUGUACGAUGUACCCUUAACGGAGAAGGCAUUGUCGGCGCCGGUGAACGGCAGCAAGUCUCAGGUGAAUGCACCGGCGCCCAGCGGCAGCAGCGGCUCGCCGAGCGCAGCGGGGCAGACGUGGUGCGUGGCGAACGGGAAUGUGGAGGAGAGGAAGUUGCAAGAGGCGUUGGAUUACGCGUGCGGAGAGGGAGGGGCUGACUGCCAUCCGAUUCAGAUGGAUGCCACGUGUUUCAAACCGAACACCUUGGAGGCGCACGCCUCGUAUGCUUUCAAUAGUUACUACCAGAUGAAGAAGCGUGCCGCUGGCACGUGCUACUUCGGAGGUGCUGCCCACGUGGUCACCCAAACUCCCAGGUUUGGCACGUGCGAGUACCCUACUGGCUACUGAGAUGGGGAGAGAGGGUUUAAGGAUUUGUUUGGGAUUUGGGUUUUUGUUUUUGGGUUUUUGGGGGUUAUAUUUUUACAUGUAUGGUGGAUUGGGAGAUUUGGCAGAUUAUUAUUAUUAUUUUUUCUGCAUUAUUGAUGUAGGAGGGGGAAGUAGGCGUUGUGGUAAUGUGGUGGUUGUCAGCUGCUGACUCACUUUUGACUAUAUUGUUUGUAAUUAAUUCCUUAUUUAUAUUAUUAUUUAUUCUCCAAAA